UGAACUAUUGCGAAAACGCCACGCACGCAUUUCCAUUCCCCCCAUCGCAGGUGUACCAGUUGGAGGAGAAGUGGAUGGAGGCCCGGGCCCUGCAGAAGUUCCUCUACCUCGUGAGCCCCAUGUCGUGGCGCCGGGAGCACGACCACCUCAACGGCUCCGUCCCCGCGGAGGGCUCCUCCGAGACCAACGUGAGCGGGGACAGCUCGGGCGCGCCGUCGUCAUCGCACGCCGGGGCCGGGGACAGGCGCCACUCGGGGCUGACGCAGGCGACGCAGGGCACCCAGGCCACCCAGGUGUCCCUGCCGAGCCGCGACCAGAUGGACCGGGCCACCACCCUGCAGGACAUCAUCGACACGUUCCUGGAGGAGACCAAGACGAGCCACCAGCCCACGCUGUACUUCACGGAGCCCGAGCAGCUGGUCAAGGUGUUCCGCUCGCUGGCCGCGCAGAGCCUGGCCUCGCUCGUGCACAUCGAGCAGCUGCGGCUGCCGCUGGAGGCCCUGCAGGCCGGCGUGGCGCAGGCCAAGGAGCGCGUCGAGCGGGGGCUCAGCGUGCUGCAGGAGCAGGUGGCCGACCUGGAGAAGGAGAUCGCCUGGGAGGAGAACAGGGUCGUGCAGCUCCAGAAGCACGCCGACGUCAUCCUCAUGAAGGUGUACAAGGACAUCCUCACGGGCUCGGGUGGCGAGAACGUGCUCACGCUGCGGGUGUGGGUGGAGGACGUGUACGAGAGGUGCGUAGCGCCCAACGACUCGCACCUCACGUCCUACCAGAUGAUGUGCGCCGUGGAGCGCAUCGUGGCCGCCGAGCUGCUCGCCCUCGACUACCUGGACCAGGAGCACGUCAAGCGCGCGCGCAAGCACGUCUACAUGGAGGAGCGCCGGCAAAUGAAGAGCGCCAACGACGCGCAGCGCAAGUUGCAGCAGAUGCAGCAGCUGGUGCACCGCAUGGAGCGCGCGCUGGAGCCGCCUCCGCCGCGCGGCCACCGCCGGCUCGUGUUCCGGUCGCGGCCCCCGGAGCCCAAACCGCCGCCCCCGCCGCCCCCCGAGCAGCUCAGCGAGGAGGAGCUGGACCGCAGGGCCUUCUUCAUGGAGUGCGACGAGGUGGACCGCCUCAGCAAGCUCAUCUCGCCCGUGCCGAAGAACAUCGCCCGCCUGCUGGGCCGCGAGUACGGGCUCAGACGCGGCGCGGGCCAGGUGUCGCCCAGCGACUCGCACACCGGCGAGUACACCAAGGACGUCGUGUGGUCCGUCACGCACGUCACCACACCGUCCGAAAGAGUAUAAUUACAUUUCAAGCGUUUUGAAAUGAAAACAAGUAAAGUCUAAAUUACUUUGUAAAAAAUAUCACAAUUUUAUUACUAAGAACCAUAAUUGUAGUACAAU